GCUUCUUCUUCUUCUACCUACCUUACCUCGUCUCUUUUCCUCCGGCGAGGAAGCAGCACGUUCACCGGCAGAAAUAUACCUAUCUGGGCAUAUUCCUCUUUCUACGUUUUACCGUCUUCAUCAAGAUGGCAUCACCAACCGAGGUCUCGAUCAAACCAACGAUGGUGAAAAGGCCUAAAAGCUGUAGAUUCACAGCUAGCAAGUUGCUGAUAUGAAAAUCCCGGCUACGGGCUAAGGUUUAGGCAGUUUUGAACGUGUGUAGGUUCCCUUUCUGUUGAUUGGUUAACUAGUUAUUCCAGUACUGGUGUUGCUUCAUUCGCUGCUGUCUGUUUUGAUCCGAAAUUGAUGAUUGCCUGUUUUUUCACAACUGCCAACUGUUGUUUUUUCCAGCACACGACUCCCUUGCAGGUUACUUGGCAAAAGAAAAGUUCUUGAUGGGAUAUCCUUUGUUGUACCAGCCGAGAAAAGUGCGGCAAUUGCUGGAACAAGUGACAGUGGUAAGUCAACCAUAUUCAGAUUGCUGUUCAGGUUCUUUGACACUCAUUCUGGAAGUGUCAGAACAAAUACUUUCUUUAUGCUAGAUUCUGAUUCCAAUAUGAUUAUGACCCUUAGUUAUGUCAUACAUGAUAUCAACCUUGGAGAACUUAUGUUUUGUCUGGGACCAUUAUACUUCGACUUUGACUUGCUUGUUGAAAUCAAUGAUUAUCAAUCCUCUCCACAAAUAAGGAUUGAUGGCCAAGACAUACAGGAUGUCACAUUGGCCGGUCUGUGGAAGUCUAUUGGUGUUGUGCAACAGGAUACCGUAAGUUAAAAACUACAAUUCAGUGUUUCUCUUUUCUCUUUGCUCAUUUUUAUGUAAGUGACAGGUACUCUUCAAUGAUACCAUGUUUUACAAUAUAAGAUAUAGCCGUCUUUCAGCAACAGGAGGAGGCAUGUGUUAAUUCUGAUAUCAAAGCAUUCACUAUUGAUCUCAAUUAUUUUUUCAUCUUAACAUUUGUUCCAUUUAGGUCUAUGAAGCUGCUCAAAGUGCGGCAAUUGAUGACACUAUCAUGAACUUUCCUGAGAAAUAUUCAGCUGUGGUCUAGGAAUGGGGGCUCAAGGGUGAGAAGGGUACAGCUCUUGAGCUAGUUAAAAUGUUAACUACUUAUGAUUUGGGGAAUUUGAUGCAUCAUUUGGGGCAUUGACUGGGCCCAGGCUCAGUUAAGCAGUGGAGAGAAAAGCGUGUAGCACUAGCUCAUGGCCUCAUGCAUUUUUGAAAGCACCGCCUAUUUUGCUUUGUGACGAAGCUACAAACGCACUUGAUAGAACAACCGAAGCAGUGAUAUUAAAUGCAUUGACAUCAUUAGCAAAUAAAAAAACCUCAAUCUUCAUUGCUCACAGGCUCACAACUGCAAUGGAAUGUGACGAGGUAAGCAUUGUGUUAUAAACGCUAGAGCAACAUGUCUCUUAUAUGGUACUGGUUUUAAAAAUGUAUCCAUAGCAUUCCCUCUCAUGCCCGCAGAUGUGUGCCGUAUAUGGUUCACGUUUGUUUUCUUACACAUUACAUAGGAAGCCACCUGUUUAUUGCAUUGGUAGGCAGAGAACUUUAAACAUUGGAAGGAUUUGUAUGUUUCACUGUCAAAGCAAACUCAUCCUUCCUUGACCACUCAACCAACAAAACGAAGUUUGUUUC